AUGCAUAACCUUGUUGAGUGGAAGGGAGAUGAAGUUGGAGUAAGAAUGUUUUCUGGGCUUGAGAAGUUGAGGAUUACAAAGUGUCCACUGUUAAAAAGUACUCCAAUUCAAUUUGAAAUCCUCCGUGAACUAAGCAUUGAAAGAGUUGACAGUGAAAUACCAUUGUUUAACUUGUGUAACAACUUGACAUCUCUCGUAAAGCUUAUUGUGUAUGAUGUGAAAGAGCUCACUUGUCUUCCUGAUGAGAUGCUAUGCAAUAACUUUACCAAGUGGAAUGCUAGAGCAUUGUCAGUCUCUACAGGUUUUGAAGGGAGCCUUCACAGUCUCACUGUGUUAUGGGAAUUGGAAAUUGGUCCUUUCUCAGAGAUGGUGGAUUUUGAGGCGUUCCAAUUAAUUUUUAAUGAUAUUCAGCAGUUGUUGUCCCUUCGUACAUUGGAGGUGUGGGGACACUUGCACUGCGAUUCUCUGCCCUAUCAUCUUAUGCAACUUUCUGACCGAACAGAGAUCGAAAUAGAUGGAUUCGGAAUCGAGGCUCUUCCUCAUAGAUUCGGCAGUCUUACUUCUCUUGAAAGAUUAACGCUAGUGAGGUGCAAACAGCUACAACAUCUGGACUUCUCAGAUGCCAGCCCCAAAUUACGGUAUUCGGAGAUCUGUGACUGCCCAUUGUUAAAAGCUCUGUCGGAUGGGCUCGGCAACCUUGUUUUAUUAGAACAGUUAAGAUUGUGGAACUGCGAAAAACUAGAGAAUCUGCCAUCUAGAGAUGCCAUGUGA